AUGAAGGUGCUGAGGAUUUUUCUGUUGCUGGAAGUUUCAGGCUUCUUUCCUAUUCUUUCCAGCCCUUCUCCAAUCCAUUGCCGCUGGAAUUCUUUUGGUCCUUGGUCUGAGUGCAAUGGCUGUACUCAAAAACAGAUUAGGAGACGGACAGUGGCAGUUUAUGGCCAGUAUGGGGGAAACCCCUGCUCUGGGCAUACCUUUGAAACAAGACCAUGCACCCCCACAAGGGGAUGCCCAACAGAAGAUGGCUGUGGUGAUCGCUUCAGGUGUUUCUCAGGUCAGUGCAUUAGCAGAUCCCUAGUGUGCAAUGGCGAUCAGGACUGUGAGGAUGAUGGUGCAGAUGAAGAUCGAUGUGAAGAGAGGAAAACUGUAUGUGAUAUUGACAAAACACCUCUGAAUUCAGAACUUACAGGAGCAGGCUUUGAUAUUAUUACUGGUGAGACUAAGGGAAGAGUCAUUCAUACAAAAAGCUUUGGAGGGCAAUGCAGAAAGGUCUUCAGUGGCGAUAGGAGAGAAUACUACAGGCUGAGUGAAAGUGUUCUCGCUUAUAAUUUUCAGGUUAAAGUUCAAAAUGAUUUUAGUUAUGAGUUUUUCAACAGCACCUGGUCUUAUAUGAAACAAGUAGAGAAGUAUGAAAAUUCAAACAAAUACAAGCAGACAGAGAAUAAAAAUCAGCAAAAGAGUAAGCAGCUGAUGGUUAUUGAGAACAGUGUGGAAGUUGCUCAGUUUAUUAACAACCGCCCAGACUUUCUCACUCUUGCGGAGCCUUUCUGGAAGGAACUGUUCAACCUUCCAGUCAUCUAUGAGUACAGCAUCUACCGAAGACUUAUUGAACAUUUUGGGACACACUUCUUACACUCUGGGUCUCUAGGAGGACACUACAAAGUUAUUUUUUAUAUGGAUACUGACAAAAUGAAAGCAGAAGGUGUCAGCAUAACAGACUUGUACAAGUGUACCUCAUCAGGCUGGAAUGCACUCAUUGUGAAAAAGAAGAAGACGGAAUGCACCAAACUGGAUGAACUCCUACGGACUUCUUCAGGAAGCACUGGCAAUAAAAUUAAAGGAGACCCUUACAUAGAAGGAGGAAGCCCAGGUGCUGUUGCUGGCCUUAGUUAUCUAGACUUGGAUAAUCCUGCUGGGAACAAUCGGAUGUACACUUUGUGGGCUGCAUCAGUGACAGACUAUCCCAGAGUAAUUAAAAAAAAGCUAACACCACUAUAUGAGCUGGUAAAGGAAGUGCCCUGCUCCUCAGUCAAAAAGCACUACUUAAAACAAGCCAUUGAAGAAUAUAUGGCUGAAAAUGAUCCCUGCAAAUGUCAACCUUGCCAGAAUGGUGGUGAGGCAGCCGUGGAAGGAACACAGUGUGUGUGUUACUGCAAGCCUUACACCUUUGGAGUGGCUUGUGAGCUGGGAACCCUCGUGCAAGAUCAGCCAGGCGUUGUUGAUGGACACUGGAGCUGCUGGUCUUCCUGGAGUCCUUGUUCAGGGGGAAGGAAAUCAAGGAGUAGAACCUGCGACAACCCCUCCCCACGUGGUGGUGGGAAGGCCUGCCUGGGAGAGCAGCAUGAAAGCAAAGCGUGUGAAGAUGAAGAGUUGCAGCAUCUUCGCUUGAUUGAACCACACUGUUUUGAUUUAUCCAUAAAUCCUACAGAAUUUUGUUCACCUCCUCCUCUCUUAGAAAAUGGAUUUGUUCAAAAUGCUGAAAACUCAUACCCAGUUGGGAAAAAUAUUGUUUAUGCAUGCAAACAUGGAUAUUCUCUUGUUGGUGAUCCUGUUGCUAAGUGUCGCAGUAAUUUACAGUGGCAAGUUGGAGAGAGAUAUUGCCAGGAAACCGCUUGUCUCCUGCCUGAGCUGGAGGGGGGUUUGCAAGGAGAGCCAUGGAAACCUGUGUACGAGAUUGGUGAGAGAAUAACUCUGUCUUGUCCACAUGGCAUGCACUUGGAAGGGGCACAGUCCAUUUUGUGUGAGCCCAGCCUCAAGUGGUGUCCUGAUGUGAAGACUAUCCAGUGCAAGAGACCAGUGCCCAGUGUGAAAACAGAAGUGACAGAGCCUAAAUGUCAGCCAUGGGAGAAAGUAUAUCAGUCACAAUGUGUGUGCAAAAUGCCCUAUGAGUGUGGUCCUUCUCUGGACACUUGCGCUACUGAUCAAAGAACCAAGAGAAACACACCUUUAACUGUUUGCAAGAUGCAUGCCUUGGAGUGCAUGGGUAGAAAAUACUCUCUGACUAAUGCAGAAAACUGCAAAGUACCUCAGGCAGCUGAAAUACCAUGUGGAUCAUGCCGUUCAUGGGAAAAAUGUAAUGUGCCAUCCAACACCUGUGUUUGUGAUGAAGAUGGGCUGUGUGAGGAGGGAGGUGCCCAGGUCUGUGCUGAAGUGAGCGGCUCUGCUGCCCAUCGGACCAUGACCGAGUGCGAGGUUGGGCUGCUCAGAUGCCGGGGGGAGACUGUCACCCUUGUCAGCAUAAGGCCCUGUGACACGCAGAGUAAAUAA